AUGGGAGCUUCGAGAUUGUCUCCGGGACAGCACGUCGUCCAGGCCAUUGUACCAGGCUACGACAUGAGCGGAGUGAACGAAGCGGCGCUGAAGGCUGCCAAGUCUGCUGAGAUCGCUCAGCCCCAGGAGACUGAUACCAAGGAUGGCGAGCAGAAGAAGGACGGCGAGGAGCAGCCGAAGCCGAAGGCGACUGUCCAUGUCCAGACGUACUACCCGAACCGUCAGGCUCUGCCGACGACGAGCGGCAGCCUCGCCUACCCUCUCCAGGUAACUGCGACGCAGAAAGAACAGUACUACACCUCGGCUCCGAGCAUGCAGAUCCUUGGCAUGCUCAAGAGCCCCAUGGUCCUGCUCAUGAUCGGAACGACGGUUAUGGCCGUGCUGCUUCCUCGCAUCACAGCUUCCCUUGAGAACGAUCCUGAGAUGGCGAAGGACCUCGCUGAGGCGAGGAAGAAGGUUAACAGCGUCAUCAGUGGCGAUGCUGGUGCUCAAUCUGGCCCUGCCCUUCAAGCUGACCUCAGGCUCGCUAACCACCUCAUGGCCGACAGCCCGAAGCCGGGCAGCCCGGCGCCCGGAAGCAGUGGCCGCGGUGGCAACGCUGGCGUCGCAGAUCUAUAUGCAUCCUAG